GCAGUCUCUUCGUAUUCUCCUCUCUAUAAAACAACUUCCACUCUCCCUUCUCUUCUUCAUCCUCAUCUUCAUUUUCUCGUUUGCCUCAUUUUGAUCUCUCUCUCUCUUCCCCUAUCUUUUUUAUGGCUGAAUAUAACACCGAAAUGAACAAACUCAGUUACGAGAUCUUCUCCAUUCUUGAAAACAAGUUUCUCUUCGGCUACAACGAAGACCCCAAACAGCAGAAAAAAGCCAAUCACAAAGCUGUCAAUCGAGGGAAAGUAAGAAUCCUCUCAAUCGAUGGCGCCGGCGCCACCGACGGUAUUCUGGCUGGGAAAUCACUUGCCCUCUUGGAAUUCUUUCUCUCGAAAAAAUCUGGCAACCCCAAUGCACGCAUUUCCGAUUAUUUUGAUGUAGUUGCAGGGUCUGGUGCCGGAGGGAUUCUUGCUGGUUUGUUGUUUACACGUGGCAAAGAUGGUAACCCCAUGUUUACAGCUAAACAAGCGCUCGAAUUUAUGAUCGAGAAUCGCCCGGGAAUUUUCCGACAGUCAUCAGGUGGGAUUCUCCGGCGGGUUCUCCGGUCUGGUAAGGUGGAGAAGUUGUUUCGGAAGACUUUUGGCGAGUGUACUCUGAAGGAUACUGUGAAGCCAGUGCUGAUCACGUGCUAUGAUCUGGCCACGUGCGCGCCGUUCUUGUUAUCCCGCGCUGACGCGAUGGAAGUGGACGGCUAUGAUUUUAAGAUGAGGGACGUGUGCUUGGCCACGGCGGCUAAUCCGACGGUGACGGGAGCUGUGGAAAUGGAGUCCGUUGACCGGAGGACUAAGAUUGUGGCCAUUGAUGGCGGAAUUGCGAUGAAUAAUCCAACGGCUGCCGCUAUUACGCACGUGUUGAAUAAUAAACUGGAGUUUCCGUUUUGUAACGGCGUCGAGGAUCUCGUGGUAGUAUCGUUGGGUAACGGAGAGUCGGAUUACGGCGUUGGGUCAAAACGAAGUCCGUUGCCGUCGCAAUCCUUGAGAAUUGCUGGUCAAGGUGCUUCGGAUAUGGUUGAUCAAGCUGUUUCCAUGGCAUUUGCUCAAAGUGGGACAAACUAUUAUGUCAGAAUUCAGGUAAAUGGGAUAAUAGCGAAAAGCGAGCAAGGGAAGCUGGAGAAAGCAAUGAAAGCAAAGAAGAAAGAAGAAAUAUUAUGUGCAAUAGAGGAAAUGUAUUCAAAAAACACAUAUGAGUCCAUUCUUUUCCAAGGGAAAAGGAUGGUGGAAAGCACAAAUUUGGAGAAGCUAGAGCUCUUUGCAGGAGAAUUGUUCAAAGAGCAAGAGAGAAGAAAAACAAGCAUUCUUCCAACUGUUGUGUUGAAGCAUUCAUUUCCAACACCAAGAACUUCAUCUGCCACAACUUUAUCGACUCUAUCUUCUCCCUGCUAAUUCGGAAUUUUGAGAAAAUUUCCGAUGCGAUUGAUUAGGGUUGAGUUAUGAUCGAUCAAGAUUACUUAAUGAAUAUAUAUAUUUGCAUUUGUUGCCGCUCUGGAUAAAGUUUAAGAUGUUUUUGUCCGAGCCGAGCUACUGAGUUUUUCGAAUUAAUUUUUAGUUUGAUGUGUGUAUAUAUAUAUAAUGAUUGAUUGUAAUAUAAGUUAAAGCUUGUAAUUUGCUACAAAUGUUAUUCAAAUUAAUCUCUUGUUUAGGCUUAAA